AUGUUUGCCCAUAUUACUGGUAUGCAGAAGACAAAAAAGAAUAUCUUUGAGCCUUUACCUUCUCAGAGUUUAAGCCGGUUACCAACUCCAUUUUACAAACUUGACGCCUAUGAUUGUCCUAUAAAUUUUAGUGAGAUAUCAGAAUCAUCUGAUAGCUUUUCAAAGGAGCUUGAAAGCAUUAUCGAGAAGGUGAUGUCUGAAAGUAAUUGUGCCUCUUCUUCCUGUGAAACAUCUGUUAAGUCUGAAAAAAUGCCAAAUGACAAAAAAAAUUCAGUAGAGUUGAAACUUAUGAAUGAUUUUUUGUCGCAAUCUAUCUCAGAGUCAAAAGAUGAAGCCGAAUCCAAUGGCCAAUUUAACAGCACCAAUGCUAUUGGGUCUGUAAUUGACAAGAAAAAUAUUCCAGAAACAACACCAGAAGAAUAUCUAUCUAUUGACGGUCAGGAAUAUGCCUCUCAGCAAGUUACAAAAAGAAAAUUGAAAGGUGAUUGGACAGGAGAACCAGUUUCUGAGGUUGCUGUUGAUAACAACACCAAUAUUCAACAAAAUGCUAGAGGAGUUAUCAUGAUGAAGUUAGUAAAGAGUUACAUCAAAAUGCAGAACUUUAUUGACAGAUACCCAAUAUACACUGCUGGGGAUAUUAUGCGUCAAAAAGCAGCUCUUGUUCAUUUCAAAAAGAAAAUUGAUAAUGAGAAGGUUAGAGAGGGUUCCCAUAUGGCAAAACAAUGUUGUUACACCAUACUUCUGGGGCCAUAUUAUUUAGGCAAGAUGCUUUACAAGCAGUUCUUGAAAUCUUUGAUAAAAUACUCUAUUGAACAUCUAGAGGAAUUCAAAGACACCGAUUAUCAGGAAGUCUUAAACUUUGCAAAGAUCCAAACAGUCAACAUUGAUUCUUCUUCGAAAUCGUCAAUGCUUUACAGGCAGUGGAUGCAGACUGCCAAUGAAGUAGCACUGACGCCAGUUUCCAGUUACAGAAAACUCGGUACUAACACCAGUUCUUUGUUGCCUUCUAUUGAAGGUUAA